GGAGAGGAGAUGAAUAGGAGACACAUCAAGCCAUAUCAUAACGAGGAUUGAAAGGCACUGGGCACAAGAUCAUUUUCUUUCACCUUACUGGACUGAAGCCACCUUUUCACUGCAUCCAACAAACGGCAGAUGACAGACCAGAGCUGUAUUCAAAAUGUCUGUCAUGCCUCAACACCACCAGCAGCACUGAUAUCCACUGUUACAAAAUGAACAACAACAACUCUGAGGUGUCAGGGAAGCUUUCAGUUUACACUCUGACCACAGGGCCAAUGCUGGGCUGUGAGCAACAAAGUAAACAUGAUUGCAAAGAAGCUAAAAAGAUGACUCUAUCAAAGCAAGGACAUGCUGAGGAUAUCCCAAAGGAUGACUUUGUGAAUGUAGUCCUACAUAAAGAGUGGACAUUAAAGAUUGGCAGAUCAUCAAUCACUGAUGUCAACAGAGGUACAUGUAAAAUGACAGAAAGACCUGAAGUUUUAAUCAAUGCAAAAGAGCCAGUCAAGAGCUCUGUGUUUGAAAAGUGGGAAAUGAUGGAUAGAGAUGGACAGAGGACAUUGGCCCAAUGCCAGCUGUCUGAAGAUAGUAAAAAGUCAUGUACUUUUAGACUAAUGAAGAAGACCACAAUGAAGAAAGAGGAAGAACCAAGGAAAGACUUGAAGAUGCCCUCCACUCACUCAGGAAAACUAAGAGACAGCAGAGACAAUAAGAGCACAUUAAAUGAGCCCAGUUCCAGAAGAAUACUUCCAAAAGACCUCAUCCCCAACCCUGAAGUCUUCAGCAAGGUUGAUGCACAAGCAAUCAAUGUAGGAAGAGAGUUAGGAAGCAAGGAGAUCUUCUCGGUAACAGCAAUCACACAGGCUAUUACAGAUGGGGUAAGCAGUGAUUUGGAGAAACUGCGUGCUAUCUGGAUCUGGCUUUGCCACAACAUCGAGUAUGAUGUGACGGGAUAUCUGGGCCUAACUGAGAAGAUCUGCUGUCCUGAGCAGGUCAUUGUGACUGGACGAGGUGUGUGCUGUGGCUACUCCAGCGUCUGCUUACAAAUGUGCAGGGAAGCUGGUAUUGAGUGCAGAGAGGUGUCAGGCCAUGGUAAAGGCAUUGGUUAUCAGCAGGGUCAGAGUUACCAGAACACUAAAUCCAGCCACAUGUGGAAUGCAGUGUGUCUGGAAGGACACUGGUACCUGUUGGAUGCCUGUUGGGGAGCUGGGAGGGUGGACCUAGACAACAGAGCAUUCAUAAAAAGAUAUGAAGAAUUCUACUUCCUGACCGACCCUGAGAACUUCAUCAACUCUCACUUUCCUGAUGAGGAGGAGUGGCAGCUUUUGGAGAGCCCCAUUCAGUUGGAGGAGUUUGAGAAGAGAGUGCUGAAAACGUCUGAUUUUUACAGAUUAAAUUUAACCCUAAUCUAUCCAAAACACUUCCUGUUAGUUACAGAGAAUGAUGAGGCGACAGUAUUGAUGGGUUUCCCUCAGCCAGUGGACUUCACCUAUCAAAUUUCCCAGCGUAGCGGCAGUGAACAACAGCAGCUGAGCAACUCCACUGGACUCAUGUCAACCACCCAAAGCACCAUGAAAUUACGCCUGAUGCCCCUAAACUCUGGCACAUAUGAUAUCAUGGUCUUUGCCUGCCCUGGAAACACCUCCAGAACAUUCAGCUGGGUUUGUUCCUUCCAGCUGAAAUGCCUAGCACCAAAAAUCUCUGAAGAGCUGCCAGAGAAUCCCUACCUCACCUGGGGUCUGCAGCAAGACGCUAUGAGUGUAGGACUCAAGCCUUGCAAAUAUGGAAAUGAUAUCAUUUUGCUAGAGUCUGGAUCCUUUGAAUUGCAUUUAAAGACUACCAGACCACUUAUGAUGUUGUGUGAACUAAGCCAUAAGGACCUGGAUAAGACUUUAGCUGAGAAAUGCUUGGCCAUUCAGACUGAGCCAGACCAACUCACAUGCAACAUCCUUUGCCCUUACCUUGGUUACUACAGACUUUCUGUGUUUGUUAGGGAAUGGGAAAAUGCAGCAGACAGCUUCCAGAAUGCCGGCAACUUUCUUCUCCACUGUACAGGUUGUCCUGUCAACCUAAAUGAGCUUUUCCCCCAUGGCCUCAUUAGUUCCUGUGGUCCUGGAACCAGGGCCCUGGAGGCGGGCCUCACCAGAUUCAGCCAUGCAGAGGCUCUUGUUUAUACACAGCAGGGAAAGUGCAACAUCACCUUUCAGAACCAUCAAGAUCUAGAUCUCCAUGGUGUUUUAACUAAAGAAAAGUACAAUCAACCAGAGAAUCCUCUUUUGAACCAUGUUUUCUUCACCUACAAUGGGAGCAAUGUCACCGUGAGCAUCUCCCUUCCUGAGUGUGGAGUCUACAAGUUAGGCCUCUAUGGAAAGACUUCCUUCAAGCAAGAAUUCAGCUUGCUGUGUGAUUAUAUCUUAAAGAACACCUCCAUGAAUAAGUGGUCCCCAUUUCCAUGCACAUACAAAGCCUGGAAAAAGGGUAGUGUGCUGUUUGAACCUCGCACGGGAAUGCUAGAGCCAUUUUCCUGGGUGAGAUUUCGUCUGCGUGUCCCAGGGACACGAAAAGUGAGUGUGCAAGGAGAGCAGAGAGUAGAUCUUCAGCUCAGUAAGAGCAGAGUGUGGGAAGGCGAGGUGUUCACAGGUAGAGGGCCACAGCUCAAGCUUGCUGCCAGCCAAAGUGAGACCUCCAAUGAAAUGGCCAUCCUGUUGUCCUUCAGUGUGCUGGAUCCAAAAAAUCAGAUAUGAGACAAAUUGAGCAAUGUGAAUAAUUAAGCAAUGACGUGCGAACGGCUGUGCUAUAUAGAGAUAUUCAGUCAUGUCAUCUAUUUUAAGGUAACCCAGAAGACUACUGCUGCAUUCCAUUCAACUCUGAAAAAGGGAAUUUCCAACUUCCUACUUGGAAAAUUACAAUAGAACACCACUUGAAGUCAAACUUCCAACUUGGAAAGAAAUCCUCAACUCAGAUUUUGCCGAGAUGCAGGUGCAUGAUGUUAGACAAACAUGUCGGUACCCAGAGAGAUGUACAAAGUUUAUAAAAAACAUUUAAUUUUAGGCAAAUAAAAAAAUCAAUGUGUAAAAUUCCUAUAUUACAUGACAAUAAAACUUGUUUAGUCAACGUUUGCAGAGACAGGUGUGUAAAACAUGGUAAACUAUACUCUCUCUGGUAACAAUUAACACCUGCUAAGGCAAGCUAACUGGACCACUGCAGGUUUGUUUCCUUCUAGUCAUUGGAGAUACCAAGUCAGAAUACCCCUUGAAUGGAGCACAGCAUAAUUUGCCACUGGAAUUUGCUAUUUCUUUGUAGAACAGCUGUUUUGCAUUUAUGAAUACAAUAAGGUCUGUGGUAAACAUUGCUUGAAGAGACGUUCACGUUUUGUUCUACAACAUAAACUUAACCCAGUAAAAAAUGACAUACCUCAAACUUGAAUUUUGAAGCGGCUGUGUUUUUAAAAAAUUAAGUUGCUAUCAAGUUGUUACUUGAGGAAUACAACAGUCGUCUGAUUGGUCAAGCAUGCAGACUCAUAUGAUUUGUGGUAGUUGUAGUAAUUAUUUAGCAACUUAUUAGCAACAUACAAUUUUAAACACAACGGCUUCAAAAUGCACACUAGAGGUAAGACCAUGUGUAAUUUAUGCUGGAGAACAAAACAUGAGAGACUCUUCAACUAAUAUUAACCACAAACCUUGCUUUACUCAUAUCCAUUUUAGGACUACAAACUUUACAGGCUAGGCUCAAAACUUAAAUAAUCACAAGGCUUUUCCUUCAUGGUUCUUAAUACACUCUUCCUAAGAAUAGGGCCAUAUCUCAGAUUAAUUAAACACAUGAACUUAAAUGCAACUCGUGAACUUGUCUGCCUGUGGUGUGAUGAAAAGGUCAUAGCUUGAGCUGGUGCAUAGAAUCCACUCUCUCCUUGUUCUUUGUUUAGCUUUGGCAUUAGCCUGAUUUGUAGACAGUGACACUUUGUCGCUAGUCACUGCAAAACUGUACUGAUCUGUGAGGUCAUUGUGUGUUGAUUUUGAGGUAGUUCGAUCUAACGUAAUAAUUUAUAUAUAUAUAUAUAUAUAUAUUGUGUUGCGAAUGAGAAUGCCUGAAAUGAUCACAUAUUUUUGGAGGCAUAAAUACUUUUUGAAUAAUUUAAAUAAGUCAAAGGAUAGUAUUUGUAGUAAAAAAAAUAAAAAAAUAAAAAAAACCUUCCUAUAAAGAAUAACCAAAGACCAUGAACACCUCCUAAAACACUGUUAGGUGGAAAUUUAUUUGUUUUUGCUGCCUCAAACACAAAAGACAUUCAUUUGAAAUAUGCAUGUACUGACAUUGUAGCUCCAAGAUGUACUCUAGAUUGUACUAAAAAUAUUGCAGUACAUAUUGUAUUUCUAUCACUAUCACUAUAGCCCCAGGAGGCCGUUCACCCAAAGUGUGAGAUAUGAGAUAAUAACCAUAAAUAAAUAAAUAAAACUUUUCUUACCAUUUAAUUUCA